AUGCCUACCGUUAACAUCGACAAGUUGGCUCUUUUCGAAGCCCUUGAGAGAGACUACACCUCUCAAGAAUUCUUCGAGCUCUGCUUCCGUUUCGGUAUCGAACUUGAAGAAGAUACUUCUGAAAGAGAGAUUGCUGAAAAGGAGGGAAGCAAGAGCACCGAGAAUUUGUCUGAGAGAGCUCUUUUGAAGAUUGAUAUUCCUGCCAACAGAUAUGACUUGUUGUGUCAAGAAGGUCUCGCUCGUGCUCUUCGCGUUUUUGAAGAUAAGGCCAAGCCUCCUGUCUAUAAGGUUGUCAAGCCUGCUGACGGUAAGCUCCAACAAAUUCGUGUUUUGGAAUCCACUCAAAAGAUUCGUCCUUACAUUGUUGGUGCUGUUUUACGCAACAUCACUUUCACUGCUGAGAACUAUGCUUCUUUCAUCGACCUCCAAGAUAAGCUUCACAACAACAUUUGUCGUAAGAGAACACUGGCCUCUAUGGGUACUCAUGAUUUGGACACCAUCCAAGGGCCCUUCACCUAUGAAGCUUUGCCUCACAAGGACAUCAAGUUUGUUCCCUUGAACAAGGAUACUGAGGUUGACGGUGCUGAAUUGAUGGAAAUGUAUGCUGAGGAUAAGCAUCUUGGUAAGUUCCUUCACAUCAUUCGCGACUCUCCCGUCUAUCCCGUCGUUUUCGAUUCCAAGCGCACUGUGUGUUCUCUUCCUCCCAUCAUCAACUCUGAUCACUCCAAGAUCACUCUCGACACCAAGAACGUCUUGAUCGAAAUCACCGCCACUGAUGAGCACAAGGCCAGCACUGCAUUGAACACUUUGGUCACCAUGUUCUCUGAAUAUUGUGCCGAGCCUUUCAGCAUUGAGCCUGUCGAAAUUAUCUAUCCCGAUGACACUGUCAAGUUCUUCCCCAACUUGGAACCUCGUAAGGCUUCCGCCAAGGUUGAUUACAUCAACUCUUGUACUGGCCUUGAGCUUCCUGGUGAGGAAAUCUGUCGUCUUUUGAAUAGAAUGUCUUUGGAUGCUAAGAUUAGCGCUGAGGACAGCAAUGAGGUUCUCGUCAAUGUUCCUCCUACUCGUUGGGAUAUUUUGCAUGCUUGUGAUAUUAUGGAGGAUGUUGCUAUUUCAUACGGUUAUGAUAACUUGCCCAAAAAGAUGCCCAAUGUCAAUACCUUUGCAUCUGCUUUACCUUUAAACAAAUUGAGUGAUCAUGUCCGUAAGGAGGUGGCCAUGGCCGGUUUCACUGAAGUUGCUCCCUUAAUUUUGUGCUCUCAUGAUGAAAACUUCAAAUUCCUUAACCGUGCUGAUGAUAGCAAAACUGCUAUCCAACUUGCUAACCCCAAGACUGCCGAAUACCAAGUUGUUCGUACCUCUCUUCUGCCCGGUAUCCUGAAGACUUUGAACUCUAACAAAAAGCUGCCCUUGCCUAUCAAGGUCUUUGAAGUGUCUGAUGUUGGUUACAAGGAUGAAACCCGUGAUCGUAGAUCUAGAAAUGAAAGACACCUUUGUGCCACCUAUACUUCCAAGACAUCUGGCUUCGAGAUUAUUCAUGGUCUCUUGGAUCGUGUCAUGACUAUGCUCAGUACCUCUAGAAUUCACAAGAACGAUACUACUGAAUUAGGCUACUGGAUCGAAGAAGCUGUUGAUUCCACUUACUUCCCCGGCCGUUCUGCCUACAUCUUCUUGAGAUACAUUUGCCCUGAAACCAACACCCGCAAGGCCUGUAGAGUCGGCUCUUUCGGUGUUCUUCAUCCUCUCGUUCUCGAAAACUUUGACUUAUCUAAUCCCACUACCGCCAUUGAACUUAACUUGGAACCUUUUGUCUAA